AUGAUCUUGAAGAGAGGCAAGCAGGGUAGCAAACUCGGGUUCUUCAGGAAGUACAUCAGCGAUUCUUCCGAACAAGAUCUGGCAACACCAUUGGAUGCCUCGUUCAGCACGCCGAUAACGCCUAGUGUCCAGCUCAAUACUUCUGAGGAUAUUGCGAACAAGCGAAGAGUGUCCAGCGUGGUUCCUGAGAUGCAGACGCAGUCCUACUUCAAUCGUCCGCGGGUGCGUCGCUUACCCAGCGACAACUCACUGUCGCCGACCGGUGUCGCAACGCCCGUCACGGUUUUCUCAGACGAGUCACCGUCUCCAUUACGAGUGAAAUCGCGAGUACGCCAUCAAGACAGAUCCUCCUCCGACCAGCUGUCCCCUAUGGGAACUCCGCGAGCAAGGCACAGGCCGACCAUGGAAAGCUUGAGGAGCCGCGUGUCUCAGGCGACGAUGAACUCAACGCCAGCGUCGCAGACGGACGUGCGCAGAAUUCCAACCGACAAGAGCGACAAGAAGAGCUCCGUCAAAUCAACAGCAAAGGGAAAGCGAAAAGGCUCUGKGAAAUUUGUUGACCAAACAGACACGGCCCGGACAGAUCCUUUGUCGCUGGACUUGAACCAAGUCACCUUGAAGAGUAAGCCAAGCAACUACUUUGUUGACAUACGCAAGGUUUCCUCCACCGAGCAGCUUCUUAGCGACGGCAGGCCCCCUUCAGAGACGAAGGGGACGCGGAGAUGGAGCCUCAUGCCCAAACUUUCCUCAUUGUCUCUAUCAAGGAUUUCGAUGAGCCAUUUGUCGUCUCUCGCAGCCCAAAGAUUGCACCGCAAGUCCUCGCAGGUAAGUAACCUGGCACAGGAAUCAAGCUCGGGAAAGCCAAAGAGUGAGAUGGAGCUCUCACCUCCGCCGAGUCCAGCACUCAAAGGUAGCAUCCAGCCAUCUAUACCAAUCGGUCGCCGUUUUAGUGCCGCUCAGCUCGAAGUGACAGAGUUCGAACAGACUCCGUUCAGCCAACGUUACCACGAUGCCGAGCGUACUCUACAGCAGCAGAUACGUGCAUUCGUAGAAGAAGGAUUGAAUGAAGUCGACGACGCGGAGGGCGACAAUGAGCUGGUCUUGGGAUUCGAGCAGGAUGUCCCAGAUCACUUCCCCAACUCCCCACUAUGCCCACUGCAUCCAAAGCACAAAAGCGGCGGCAAAGCCAUUUGUCCGUUGCACGGGCGAUAUAAGAAGGGCAUGCCACCACCUACUCAACUGAUUGGAAAGAGGCCCGUCGGCAGAGUCUCCACCUCCGGCGUAGACCCGCAUGCCGGGCAUCAUCGGAUUGAGAUUGUCCUCGAUACAGCUGUCGUUGAGCAACCUUCAGUCAAGGAAGGAAGACCGACGUCUGUGGACAUUUUCGGCGUGGUGAAGGAGGACUAUCAUAACAACCACAACGUCUCCGUCCUGGGAACUGAUGGAACGGUCUCUACUAGGAUCAGAGCGGCACCGUUGUAUGCGGGAUCGUCUGACAUGUGCCGAGGCCGAGGUAGGGAGAGAGAGAUAUGCGGGUCUGAGAGGAAGCGACGUCGACGUGCUAGGAUGCGCUGA